CUUACGGUAAAUUCAAACAGUUUUGUCGUUUGUUUCCUUUUCCUGUCUUUUCCUUAAUUUUCUUUACAUUUAUUAUUAUUUCUUAAAGUUUAGAUAAUUUAAUUAAAAGUAUGCCUGUGGACGCCGUCUCAUUUGCUAAAGACUUCAUAGCCGGUGGUGUCUCUGCAGCCAUAUCUAAGACAGCGAUGGCACCCAUAGAAAGAGUCAAAUUACUUCUUCAGGUCCAACAUGUGUCCAAACAAAUAGAAGAAAGUCAGAGAUAUAAGGGUAUUAUCGAUGCCUUCGUCCGGAUUCCCAAAGAACAGGGAAUAGUGUCCUUCUGGAGAGGAAAUCUGGCGAAUGUUAUCAGAUAUUUCCCGACUCAGGCCCUCAACUUUGCAUUCAAAGAUAAAUAUAAGAAGAUAUUUUUGGGAGGCGUCGACAAAAACACUCAAUUCUUUAGAUGGUUUGUGGGAAAUCUUGCGUCGGGUGGAGCAGCCGGUGCCACAUCCCUGUGCUUUGUAUAUCCACUUGAUUUUGCCCGAACUCGUUUGGCCGCAGAUAUCGGCAAAUCUGAAACCGACAGACAGUUUAAAGGUUUAGGUGACUGUUUGGUCAAAGUGUAUAAAUCUGACGGAUUGGUUGGUCUAUACAGAGGAUUCGUUGUCUCGGUUCAAGGUAUUAUUAUCUACAGAGCGGCGUAUUUCGGUUUAUUCGACACCGCGAAGGGUAUGCUUGAGGACCCGAAAAACACACCACUACUCAUCUCAUGGUUUAUCGCGCAAGUAGUGACCACUGUUUCGGGUAUAGUUUCGUAUCCCUUUGAUACAGUACGACGACGAAUGAUGAUGCAGUCGGGUCUGCCUAAGAACGAGAGGAUGUAUAAGAGUACUGUCCACUGUUGGGGCAAAAUUGCCAAAACCGAGGGCUCAAAGGCCUUCUUUAGAGGUGCUCUCUCUAACGUCUUCAGGAGCACUGGCGGUGCAUUGGUUCUGGUCUUAUACGAUGAGUUCAAAACUAUGUUGGGUUAGCUAAUACUUGAAAUCAAUUAGUCAUGCAUUUAGUAAAUUACUCUUAAAUUUGAUUUAAAAACCCAAAUAAAUGUCAAUUAUCUGUAUCAGUCAA